ACGUGAGGUAGGAAGGACGCUCGCUUACGCACAGGGCUUUCCGCCAAGUUACCGAUGACCUGAGUAAUAUCAGAGAACAACUUGCAAGAGGUGUUGAUAAAAAAAAUCAAGUUCUUCACUUAGAGACGCUGCGUUGUCCGGAAAGUUUUGGAAAAUUUGUUCAGACAAGUUUUCACUGAAGUUAUUUAUGCUAAAACUCUUUCUCUCGACCAGGCUGCUCAUAUUUUUUGACAAGUGACGCUUUCGGCAGCUGACGCCUGACAGUUCUUGCAGAGCCAACUUCAUAACACUCUCACGGCGCAUCGAGCGAGCACACGGCACAGCAGACCCUCCUGACCCUCCUGCCGGCGAGGCGGGGUGAUGGUACCGCGCGGCUUCGAUGCUCAGCUCGGCCACGACACCUUCAGCAGCGACACGGCCUCGAGGGGGCACGAGUAAGCACAUCUCAAGGCAAGCGGGAGCAACCAAGCACGGGAGGAUGGCAGACGAGACGGCCAAGACUCACACCUCCAGGCGACCCCUUGGUGUGCGAGGGACCCUGGUGGCGGUGGUGGGGCUGCUCCUGCUGGCGGGGCGCGGCUCAGGGAGUGAGUUACCUGACCGGGAAUGUUGUGACUCCGCCCCGCCUCCACCACCGCACUACCACACCGUCACCUCUACCACCACCUCCACCACUCCACAAACUCCUGCCUACGGCGAGCGGCAGCAGCAGGAGCACCAGACCCUGAACUGUCUCUAUGCCAAACAGCUCUGCGAGGAAGACUCAAACUGCUCAGCCAUACUCAAGGUUAUUCCAACCCUCUGCGGACCGGAGCUUGUGGCGUGCUCGACGGUCACGGUGUCUCGGUGUCAGGCGGCGCUGAGGACGCUGGUGCAGUUCUCGUGGUUCCAGCCCACCUGCCUGUGCAAGGAGCCGCGCCUCGACCCGCAGUGCAACGCCUUCAGGGACCUGCUCUUUGACCACCCCUGCGUCUUCGUCAGCAGGAAAGAGGUGGACCUUCACCCGCUGCAGUACAUCCCCACCUGCCAUAUCGCCUCGGACUCCUGCCACGAGAGCCCGUGGUGUCGGAAUCGCCUCGACGAGUUUCGCUCCAUCUGCAAGUACCGCGAUGGCCGCUGCCGAACCCCUGACAAGGAGGGGUGUCUGAGGAAGUGGCUGGAGCUCCGUGAGACGCCUCUACUCGGCUGCAUCUGUCCGGACGGCAAGGACAAGAAGUGUUCGCACCUCUACUCCCUUGUCAACGAGGAUCCCUGCCUUGGGGAGCGGUACCCGGGGCGCGUGGCGGCCAUGUCGCGGGUCGCGGCCGCCCUGGGCUCGCCGCUGUCCCAGACGGUGCCGGUGCCCACGGCCGCCGCCACGCACCUCAUCAUCUCCACCUCCCAAGCUGACCCUCUCUACCCCCUCUCCACCAUCCACCACUACCUCCAGCACCUGCCGGUGACCAAGGCCGACCAUAAUGUGUCGAUGGAGCAACUCAAGUUUGUGGCGGGGACCUGCCAUGAAGCCUUCGAUGGAUGCAUGGCCAACUCAGGCUGCCGAAGCCACCUGGAGGUCGUGAGCGGGUACUGCGAGACGGCCAAGUGUAAUAUGGAUGCCUGCCGGGGCUCCAUCAAGGACAUCUACAAGUACCUCCUCGAUACUGACCAGGAGCUCGCCCUCAAGAUCGCUCUCUGUGUGUGUAGGGACAGCAACGCCAAGAACUACGGCAAGUGUUUACGAGGGCAGCGCCGUCUCCACCCGCCCUGUGCCCUGAGGAGCGACUCCGCCUCCACCAGCCAGUGCCACAGCUUGGGCAAGGGCUGCCGCGGCGACCGUGUCUGCAGGUACCAGCUGGAACACUACGAGCUGUCGUGCGCGGCGGACACCGUGACGGGUCGCUGCGCGGGGCACCACAAGGAGUGCACCAAGGCCAUGUUGGGGCUGCUGGGCACGGACCUGCACACCAACUGUGUGUGUAAGGCGAACGCCUUCCAGGACAUCAAUCAGUGCCUGGCCUGGAAGCGGCUCAUCUGGGGCAACCCCUGUGUAGUGGAGGCGCAGCUCACCUACCACCUGGGCCAACUGGGGCUCGAUAAGGUGCCGGUCAUCUCCUUCCCCGGACGCACUGACGCCCGCCGUGACCACCUCCCUGCAGAGGAAGAGACACCCUCGUCCCAGAUGGCAGUGAUGGGGGGAGCCAACCAACCUGUUUACUUAAGAAACUCCCAGAAAGGCCUGACCAAGGAGGAGCCAAGACCCAUCGGCGUGGAGGCUCGGAAAGUGGCCAGCACCGCCCAGAGCGACCACACCCACCCUAAUGCCGCCCCCGCCGCCCCCUCCACCACCUUCACCACCACCACCGCCACGAGCAUGACCACCACGCGGCCGGAGAAGUAUUGUUCGGUGCAGCGCCUCUGGGAAGUUGAGCCACACAUCAUUGCAGUGGGCGACAAAAUGAGGCUGUACGAGAGGAGCACGACGGACUGCUCCACUCUCUGCUCCUGCGACACCCACGCCCAAGCGUCCUGCCAAGUGCUGGAUUGCAUGAAGGAGAAGGCGUGUGAGACGAGCAUUGACGUGUACAACCACAACUCACCCGCCUACCAACUUAGCCGCGGGGACUGCAUCUGCUACACCGGCGACAUCGUGUGCCAGCGGCCGAGGGAAGAGGACUUGCACCUGCCGAUGGGAGUGUUCCUGAUGCUCGGGUUCAGCAAGAAGGAGGAGGCGCUGAUGAGGAACGCGACGGGCAACGGCGUGGCGGAGGCGAUCCCGUCCCUGCAGCAUCUCUUCCGCACCAUCGCCCACAGCCUAGGCGAGGACUGUCAGCUGGAGCUGCUGCAGCACACGCAGGACAACGUGGUGCUGCAGGCGCGGAACUCCAAGCUGCUGCUGGAGUCCAUCAGCAAGGGCAACGCCACGUACAGCCAGGACAUGCUGCAGGAGGAGCGGGACCGCUGCGAGGAGGCCAUUCACCGGGUGGGCGCCAUGUUCCAGCACCGACACCCGCAGAUCCACCACGACGUGCACCUGUCGCUCUUCGUGCUGGCCGAAGUGAUCGACAACGUGCCGGACCACCAGCGGCACAGCAACGGCCAGGCGCGCGUGGGCGUGCGGUCAUGCUGGUGGGCGUGGCUGACGGGGGCCGCUGUGGUGCUGGCCGCCAAGCUUCAGGCUUCCCGACACAUUGCCGCCGCCGCCGCCGCCGCCACGUCGUGAUGCUGAGUGGGGUACCCGCAGCCCGCACGCCGCCGCACGCCGCCGCCGAAGCAUGUAUAUAAGUGACUGCAAGUGAUGUGAGUGGACGAUGUGUGUAGCUGUGCGGAGUGUAAAUACCUUGUCU